AUGACCCAUUUUCUCGAGCUAACUCACCAUAUUGAACACCAUGAAAUCAUAUGGAACACAUGGAGAAAGGAAACAAGAGCUGCACCAAAAAGCAACAAACAUAAAAGCAAAAAGGCUUUGUCCCCUGGUAUAAUAGGGUCCCAAGUUUGCCAAGCAGCUGGACCACAGAGGAUCUUGUAUCAGACUGUCCAAGAGACUGCUGCAAGCAUUCCUCUUGCCUCUGUCCUCUAUCUUGAAACCCUCAACAUUGGCAAAGUCUGCAUCGUCAACAGCCCCACCUCCCUUUUGCAAUAA